GAGGGAGGCGGGGACGGGACGGAACCAGGUGGGAACGGAGGGACCGAACCGGUCCAAAGGGGGUGAUAGAAGCGGUCGGAACCGCUGCGAGCCGGGCUGUGCCAUGAGGAGGAGCUGGUAGGGGGGGAGCUGAGGGGCCGAUAGGAGGCCGCCAUGGCCUCGAAUUGUGCUGGGGGAGCUGCGGCUGGAGGAGGCGGAGGAACGACGUUGGGUUCGGUUCUGAGCGCCAGUAAAACCAAAACCAAGAAGAAACAUUUCGUGUGUCAGAAGGUGAAACUGUUCCGGGCCUCCGACCCGCUGCUCAGCGUCCUCAUGUGGGGGGCCAACCAUACGAUCAAUGAACUCAGCAACGUUCCUGUCCCUGUCAUGUUGAUGCCUGAUGAUUUUAAAGCCUACAGUAAGAUCAAGGUGGACAAUCAUCUGUUCAACAAGGAAAACUUACCAAGUCGCUUUAAAUUUAAGGAGUACUGUCCUCUGGUGUUCCGAAACCUCCGGGAAAGGUUUGGGAUCGAUGACCAGGACUACCAGAACUCGGUGACACGAAGUGCCCCAGUGAACAGCGACAGCCAGGGCCGAUGUGGGGCCCGGUUCCUGACCACCUACGACAGGAGGUUUGUCAUUAAGGCUGUGUCGAGUGAGGACGUAGCAGAGAUGCACAACAUCUUAAAGAAGUACCACCAGUUCAUAGUGGAGUGCCAUGGGAACACCCUUCUGCCCCAGUUCCUUGGCAUGUACCGGCUCACCGUGGAUGGAGUGGAAACCUACAUGGUGGUUACCAGAAACGUCUUCAGCCACAGGCUGACAGUGCACCGAAAAUACGACCUGAAGGGCUCAACAGUGUCCAGGGAAGCAAGCGAUAAGGAGAAGGCCAAGGACCUGCCAACAUUCAAGGACAACGACUUCUUGAAUGAGGGACAGAAGCUGCACGUUGGGGAAGAGAGCAAAAAGAACUUCCUGGAGAAGCUGAAGCGGGACGUGGAGUUCUUAGCUCAGCUGAAGAUUAUGGACUAUAGCCUGCUGGUUGGGAUCCACGAUGUUGACCGAGCAGAGCAGGAAGAGAUGGAAGUGGAGGAUCGGGCAGAGGAUGAGGAGUGUGAGAAUGAUGGUCUUGGAGGCAACCCCAUCUCCUCGUAUGGAACCCCCCCAGACAGCCCUGGCAAUCUCCUCAAUUACCCUCGUUUCUUUGGGCCCGGAGAGUUUGAUCCUUCUGUUGAUGUCUACGCCAUGAAAAGCCACGACAGUGCCCCCAAGAAGGAAGUGUACUUCAUGGCCAUUAUAGACAUUCUUACGCCAUACGAUGCAAAGAAGAAAGCUGCACAUGCUGCCAAAACAGUGAAACAUGGGGCUGGAGCUGAGAUCUCCACCGUGAACCCGGAGCAGUACUCCAAACGCUUCAAUGAAUUUAUGUCCAAUAUCCUGACAUAGUCAUCUUCAGCCUUCGGAGGAACAUGAAGAGAAGAGGGGCUACUUCCCAGCGGAGAACGCAGCCUGUGACACUAAAACAGACUCUGUAGCAGCAUGUGGGGUGUGAGUGAGUGAGUGAGUGAGUGAGUGAGCAAGAGCGAGUGUGUGGCACUGCGUGACUUCAGAGAAAACAGCAUUUUUGGUGCACCCUCCAACAACCCACAUCAACCAGGUGGGAGAAAAAGAAAGGGGAGGGUAUAAGGGAGGGGGUGGGAGGGGGGUGUGUUUUGUUACAGAAGUGCCCAGACAUCAAUUUGAGGGCUUUUUAAAACAAGAAAAGUGCAUUGUUUGCAGCACUGCUCUUCCUGAUGGUGAUUCCUCCUGUCUGACUAAGGGACUCCCAGGGAUGGGAUGUGAGAUAAGGGGGGGAAGAGGGGUUACUUGAGCUUACCUUCAUUGGAGUUAAGCAGUGCCUGAUGCCACAAACUGCUUUUUCUUUUUUAAAUUAAUUAGUUAAUUAAUUAUCAUCAAAUUGUCUUUACAAGAAAGACCCGCAAGCCCUUUCACUUCCCUCGUGCUAAGAAUUGGAAGGAAAAUCAAUUGCCAUCUGAAGGAUGGAAGAUGUUACAGUGAUAAGGAGGAGUCGCUGGACUUUGGGUGAAUUCAGACUGGGACACUUGAUAUCUUUUGGGGUAAUUUAAGUAACAAAAACAUUGUGGGGUUUUCUUUAUGGGGGGGGGGUUGUUGUUUUCUUUUGUAUCUGCACUCGAUUUACAAGAAAGAUUUGAGGGGAAAUGAACAUCUACCAAAGAUGAUCACAAACAGGGAGGUGUUUGUUUGCUCCCGGAGCCUGACAAAGCAACGUGAGGAGCAGCAUCAGAUGGUGGUGAUGUGCUCGGACCCGGCGUGCUGUGCAUUGGGCAGCUGUGAGGAUGUUAAAGGACAAAGCAGCAAAGCUCUGCGUCCCUGUUACAUGUGGGAUAACAACUGACUACGUGGAACCUUUCCCCUUUGCACAGCAGUUGGGAGUCGCUGUGUCUCUUUGGUUUGUAGCUUCGUUGUCUGCAGUUCAGUGUUAAAUCCGGCUAACGUUGUGUCUUCCUCAUCCACUCGGUCUGCAGCGGACGUGCUUGGAUUCUCUUCCUGAUGGAGGAUUGUGGAUUUUCUGCCUUUGUUUUUUGCCAUGGUGAUGUGAGCUGUGGCCGUUUGCUCCUCUCUGAGCAGUAUGGAAGGAUGGCAACACUCAGCGCUUGCACCAGACCCCCCCAUUCACCCCCUAUUGGAGCUGAUUGAUGUGACUGAACAUCAUCCCCCCCCACCUUUGGCUGUGAGGCUUCUGUGGGCUCCAUUCUCAGCACUGUACAACACUGAUGGAUUUUGGGGUUCCUUCCUUCAUUUCCUUUCUCAGCAGGAUUCAGCAUCUUGACCGAAACUCGCCAUCUCAACGCGUUUUGCUUAUCUGCCUUGAACUGUUUUCACAUAUGCCUUUGUUUCGGGAUGAAGCUCUUUGGGGGAUGUCUGCCCCGUGCUGUAACACCCUGCAGGGCUCACUCCUUUUUUGGGGUGGGGGGGAUCUCUGGUGCUCAUUGCAUCCCAGCUGUGUUCCCAAGGGCUCCUGGCUCUGCUGUGGGAUAUGGGCAGCGUGGCUGCCACCACUCUCAGCUUAAAAGGGGACAGAAGGGCCUCGAGCUUCAGCCCAUAGAGGCGCAUUGUAAAUAGGGCACUCACAGCAUCAGAAACGACCAUAUGGGGGGGGUCACAGAGGGACCCUAUCACAGAGGGACCCUAUCACAGAGGGACCCUAUCACAGAGGGAUAGGGGCCUUUGUGGUCAUUUGUGGGUGGUUCUCUAUGAGGUGGGGCAGCUUCAGAAUGAGUACAGCUGAGAGAACACUUGAAAUAGGGGGGAAGAUGGGAGGGCACGGCCGUGCUGUGGGCAUUGUGCUGUGGUUGCUGUGCUCUUUGAAAGGAAGAAAAUAAGCACUUAAACGUUUACUACCCGUUAGGAAUUAAAAACACAACCCAUCGCUUUUUAUUCUUGCCAGUUUUAAAGAGUCUCCAUUGGAGCUGCAGCUUUUGGGCCCCAAGAGCUUUUGCUGCUCUGCUGGGCAGCGAGGAGCUCCUUUAAACCGAUAAGUCUUUAAAUCACGUAAUUUAUAAAGUAAUAAUAUAAAAGAAGAGGAAAUGGGGGAGGGAAGAAGGGGGGGAGGAGGGAGGGGAGUCAACGAGCUGCAGGCACUGAGCUGUGUUAUCUGCUCACACUAGGACUGAACUGGAGGGUUGUGGCUUCAGCAUCUCCCCAGCUCUGCCCCUGGUUGAGUCGCUGUGUGUAUUGCAGUAAGGAAAUGCCAUUUUCUCCCUUAAUGCUGUGUUGCCCAGGUAUCGUAACUUCGUUUCACGUGAGCGUUUUGUAUAUUGUUUACAUUUGGGGGUGGGUGGGAGGGAGGGGGGGGAGCAUUGUGUUAAAAGAUGCUCAUUUUCAUUUCAAGACAGUAUUUUUCUUACCAGAACAAGAGGGUGAAGCUGCAAAUAUUUGCUUUUUAAAAGGGAUUUCGGGGGCUUUUUUUUGUUGUUGGUUCUUUUUUUUGGUUUGAAAUCUUCUUUUUUUAGGUCGUUCUUUUCUUUUUUAACUCGAGUAUUUAAGAAAAAAACCCAGCCCGUCCCCCAAUUCUGGUUUUACAGCUGCUCGUGCUCGUUUGUUGUCUGUUGCUGGUGUGAGUUUAGUUGUAGUGUGCUGGAUGUAGGUAGCUGUGUCUGUAGAUGUGCCCCACAGAGUGCAGGGUGGGAUGAGGUUGGGGGGGGGGUCCCUGUGCUCCUGCCUGUCCCAAGGUGGGCUCUGAUGUGUCCAUAUGUGAGCACUGAAAUGUGCUUUGAGUUGCCUAAAGGAAGAGAAUUCGUGGGGUAAAAGGGAGAGGGGAGAAGGGAGAGAGCAGCAGUGUGUUGUCUCAUUGGUGCAAUAUAAAAUGCUCCAGAAUAGGAUGGGUCACCCUAAAGUGGCAGCUGUGUGUCCUUAGGGGGGGGUCUGCCUGCUCUCUGGUCUCAGAGUGACCCAGUGUUCAUUAUAAAGGCCACGAUGGUGAAGUGGAACCCUUGGGGUGGUUCUAUUCCUCCAUACACACCCCCCCCCCACCUUCCCUGGAUUGCCCUGACCAGCAGGAGCACUGAAGCACUGAGUUGUACUUUCUGAGCUGGGAGAAGACUCCAUGCAUCCCUGCAGGGCACUGCACAGCCCCAGGUGUGAGCUCUGACCGCACUUUGGUGGCUUCAGGCUGUGUUCAAUAGGGAUUGUCUUCACCUCAGAGCAGCUGCCUCCGUCCUGUGACUGCUAUGCAGUCUUUACAGAGGCCUCCCUUCGAGCUGCAGAGCUUUGUGUCCCACCUCGAGGUGGAAUAAACCCCUCAGCAGCCAUGCAAGCAAUCUGAGCUGGAUCACUGUUACAACAGCAUCUCCCCCCCCUUUCCAAACACCGUUUCAGGUUCAUUAUCACCUCUCCCUCCUCUCCGCCAUCUCUUAUCAGUCACUACUGAUUCUCCUUGCUCUUUUUUCCUGUGGAACAGCAAUGGCAAAGCACAGAGAAACCAACUCCUGCUGCUGGUGGGUUUUAGUUUCCAUCGCUGCUCCCCUCAUUCAGUGGAUCAAGUUGUUUAACAUCAGGGCGGGGGGGGCUGAGGAGGGGCAGGUCUAAUCAGUGCAACCAAAAACCAAUGUGAAUAAAUUAAGAUACAACCAAACUAAUGCUAAUAAUUAAUAACGCAUUCUAGGUUUCGGUUUGUUGUUCUUUUUUCUCCCCCCCACCCCAACAGCUGUUUUUUUUUUAAAUAGGAAUUUUCAAGUCCUCUCUGUGCUUGUCCGUUUGCUAGGAGCAGUUUGAGACACUGUUACUGUUUUGAAAUGCAUGCAUGUUACCAGAUGAGUCUCCAAAAGCAAGAGAAAAAAAUAAAACAAACUUUGUGUACAAAA